ACGGGAAGCGGAAGCUGCAUGGGGAGCUGCGGCAGGUAACAGUGGCAUGGCUGUGUCCCCUACUUUCCUGCCUGGGCCUACCCAUGAACCUGCAGGUGCUCUGAUGGAGCCUCUGCCUUGCGCUCCAAGCUUGGCUGAGGGCUUCUUGGAGGAGGAGCUUCAGCUCAAUGCCGAGCUUCACCAGCUGCAGUUUCCAGAGCCCGUGGGUGUCAUUUAUAACCCAGUGGAUUAUGCUUGGGAGCCGCACCGCAACUACGUGACCCGCUACUGCCAAGGUCCCAAGGAAGUGCUCUUCCUGGGCAUGAACCCAGGGCCGUUUGGCAUGGCCCAGACUGGGGUACCUUUUGGGGAAGUGAAUGUGGUCCGGGACUGGUUGGGCAUUGGGGGCUCUGUGCUGACCCCUCCCCAAGAGCACCCUAAGCGACCAGUGUUGGGACUGGAGUGCACACAGUCAGAGGUGAGCGGAGCCCGAUUCUGGGGCCUUUUCCGGGCCCUCUGUGGACAGCCCCAAGUCUUCUUCCGGCAUUGCUUUGUCCACAAUCUGUGUCCUCUGCUCUUCUUGGCUCCCAGUGGACGAAACCUCACCCCUGCUGAUCUGCCGGCCAAGCAGCGGGAGCAGCUACUGGCGAUCUGCGAAGCAGCCCUGCGCAGGCAGGUGCAGCGGCUAGGGGUGCGGCUGGUAGUGGGAGUGGGGCGGCUGGCAGAACAGCGGGCGCGAAGAGCUCUAGCUGGACUGGCUCCAGAGGUACAGGUGGAGGGGCUCCUGCAUCCCUCUCCGCGAAGCCCACAGGCCAACAAGGGCUGGGAGGCGGCAGCCAGGGAAAGACUCCAAGAGUUGGGCCUCCUACCUCUGCUAACGAGUGAGUGUUCAGCCAGGCCUAGCACACCUUAGAGAUCACCUUGCACGCAGGCUUUGCCGGGCUCCCUGUUGGAGGAAACGUGUUCAGCACUCUGGGCUUUUGUCUAAUGCUAGGCAGACCCUGAGCGCAGGGUGGGCAGCUCUCCUCCCUUGAGCCUCACCCUUUCGUCUCCAGUGGCUUGUUCUGUUCAGUGUCCACAGAGGGGGGCCUCUGCACUCGCCGGCCACAUCAGUGUCCACAGAGGGGGGCCUCUGCACUCGCGGGCCACAUCAGUGUCCACAGAGGGGGGCCUCUGCACUCGCCGGCCACAUCAGUGUCCACAGAGCGGGGGCCUCUGCACUUGCUGGCCACACCAUUUCCAUGGGGACCUCUGUGUGCAGAGGGUCCUUGAUAGGGAUGUCUGGGGUCAUAUUUGAACUUUUGGAGGAAAGAUAAUUUUAAUCUUUCCUGUUUUGUUUUUAUUGGCAUUGUUUUUGGCACUGCCUCAUACACACUAGGAAAGCUCAUACUGAUCUACCUCAGACUUUUUGACACUAAUUGUACGUAUUAGUGGGGUUCAGUGUGACGUUUCCACACAUGCAUUAAGUGUGAUCAAUUGAGUCUGACCUCUCCACAGCUCCCCCUCCCCAACAGAGGGCAAUCUUUGAUCCCUACUCAUCCUUACAGAACACUUGCCUCUAGCCAGCUUCUCUCCUCUCCUCCCAGGGACCAGGACAGACAUCACAUUGAGAGUGAGCUUCUGAGCCAGGUGUCCUGGCAUACCCUUGUAAUCCCAGCACUCAGAGACAGGAGGGUCAGGUUAGGCUCUGUCUCAGAAACAAACAAUAAAAAGUGAAUUUCCUCAGGGAGACCGAGGUUGGAUCCGAGGGACACAUAUAUGUGGCAGACUAGGAAAGAUCUAGAUCUUCAUUCCCCUUUCCCCAUGAAGCCUGUGAACUUUUUUUUUUUUAACCUCUGUCAGUUGGGCAGUGGUGGCACACACCUUUAAACCCAGCACUUGGAAGGCAGAGGCAGGCGGAUCUCAGUUCAAGGCCAGCCUGGUCUACACAGUGAGUUUCAGGACAGCCAGAGCUACACAGAGCUACUACUGUCUUAAAAAAUUAAAACUCCUGUUUUAUUUUUGUUAAUUGUUGUUUGUUUUUAAAAUUUGAAGCAAGGUCUCAUUGUGUUGGCCUGUAACUCAUUGUGUAGACAAGAUCCAGCCUUAACUGCGUAAGAAAUCUUCCACCUCUGCCCUGAGUGCUGUAUUUAAAAGGAUAGGCCACCAUAUCCUGUUCCCUUCUGAAUUUUGAGACACGGUCUCACUGUGUAGUAGUGGCUGUCCUGGCACUUUCUCUAAAGACCGACCUGGCAGUAAACUUGUGGUGAUCUUCUGCCUAAAUGCUGGGAUUAUAGGCAUAUACCACCCUGCCUGACCUGCUUAUGAACAACUUUUCUAAGUCUCAAGAUUCUCUGUAAAAUGGGGUUUCUGCCUCCUGCCCCUGGUGUGAGGUGUGAGGACUGGGGGAACACUGUAGAGGGCUUUCCGAAGGGCAGACUGUGGUGCCCACCACACACUCUUCUUGCUUGGCUCUCUCUGAGCUGGGGUACCAUUGCACUAUGAGGGCAUUCCCUGUCCGCCCUGAAGACCUUUCCUUACUGGGGAAGCCAAUGUUAGGAAAAUUUCAACCUGUGAUUUUCAGAUUAAAGACCCCUAAGCCUUCUCACGUUGGUUCUCUUUCCCCUCUGCGCUUCACUGGCGGGAGAAUGUUGGUUUUAGGACAUUCCCUCCCUCCUCCUCUAUUCACUUUUGGCAGAAACUUCUCAGGUAGCUUGGGGAGGGGUAUGUGAGACUUCUAGCCAACCUAGCCAAUCUGCAGGGGUUUGAUAGGGGGCCUGUCCAGUAGUUCAUCAGGUAUUUGGGGCACUGUUGGGGUUGAUGGGGAGGCUGAUGUCUCCUCUGUCUCUUAAGUGGUUGGUUGGGUGAUGUGUGGUAAGGGCUAGGGAGUAAGCUACAGUGGGAACGUGGGACCACCUUAAUGAGGGGCAUGUGGUCUCCUUAUUUCCUGGGACUCAAGUCAUCUCCAGCGUUCUAAAAAUUAUUAAGAUUUUAAUCAGCUGUCUCAGUUCCUGAGAGGGAACUUUGAGGUUUCCUCAACAAUAGAAAUGUCAAGGGGCGGGAGAGAUAGCUCAGAGGUUCUUCCAGAGGUCCUGAGUUCAAUUCCCAGCAACUACAUGGUAGCUCACAACCAUCUGUAAUGAGAUCUGGUGCCCUCUUCUGGCCUGCAGGCAUAAUGCAGGCAGAACACUGUAUACAUAAAUAAUAAUAAAAUAAAAAAAUUUAAAAAACCAAUAGAAAUGUCAGUAUUGUUCAUGUCGGAACCUCAGAGCACAGGAGGAUUUGUUGAACUUUGCUGCGGGAUAGAGACCAGCCCCCUAGAAAGACCAGCUUUAUGUUUUGAAGGUUGGAACUUUGAAGGGUGAUCUCAGCCUGAAUGUCAGGGUGGGACAAGGCUAGAGAUUGAGUUCAGCUGAGUGGCCCAUGAUCUCGACCAAUUAUCCCUAUAUAGUGACCCUGACCAGAACUUUGUACACUGGUUGUUUGCCAAGCUUGUUGGUUGGUGAACACACAUAUGUCUGUUUCUUUUUGGGUAGUUGGUGCUGGCUUGUAUAUUUAGUUAUGUUUUCUGUGUGUCUUUCGGGGGUUCAGGGGACUGAACCCAGAGUUUUUUGAAUGUACAGUGUUCACUGCUCUAUCACUGAGCUAUAUCCCUAGCCCUUGAUUUGUAUUUGUAAUAAAAUAUA